AUGACACACACGGACAUAACAGGCUCGCUCAUAAACGAGUACAGAAUCGUCAAGCUCAUAGGGUCUGGUGCAUACGGGCUCGUGUACCAGGCACAGAACACCGUGACCGGCCAACAGGUGGCUAUCAAAUGUAUCUCCAAGAAGAGCAAUCCAAGUGUGAAGAAACAGAGCGACUACCUCACGACGUUGUUGGCGGAACACCUCUUGGAGAGGGACUUCUCGCUACAGGGUCUUCGCGAAAUGAGUCUAAAGAGACUAAGCAUGGCAGACAACAUACCAUGUCCCUUCGUCAGAGAGAUCAGUAUCCACUUGCAAGUCCACCAGCACCCAAAUGUCAUCUCGAUCCACAAGAUCUUGGACUCUCAAGUUGCGGUCUUUGUCGUGAUGGAUUACUACCCAGAAGGCGAUCUCUUUGUCAACAUUGUCGAUAGACAGGUAUAUGCACGUUCGUCCGGGCUGAUAAAGGAUGUCUUCAUCCAGCUUAUAGACGUCAUCUCGUACUGUCACUCGAAGGGGAUUUACCACUGUGACAUCAAGCCAGAGAAUAUCAUGUGUGCAAAUAAGGGUUCAAAGGUUGUCAUUGGAGAUUUUGGGCUUGCAGUCAAGUCCAAGUACAUUCAGUCAAAGACAUGCAUUGGUUCGAGCUAUUACAUGGCCCCAGAACGUCUGUGUACUAUGAACCAUUCUUUGACAAGAUUGGAAUACCCUGCUUGCAAGGGAGAUAUCUGGUCUCUAGGAGUGAUCCUCAUCAACUUUUGUUGCACAAGAAACCCUUGGAUGAAAGCAUGCGA